AUGCGCAUCAACGAGCUGGUCAUCGAUGGCUUCAAGUCAUACGCUGUGCGCACCGUCAUCUCUGGCUGGGACCCGACUUUCAAUGCGAUCACAGGCCUGAACGGAUCCGGGAAAUCCAACAUCCUCGACGCGAUAUGUUUCUGCUUGGGAAUUGGACGAUUCGAGCUGCUGCGUGCCUCUGGCGGUGCCAGCGACCUGAUCUACAAGCGUGGACAGGCUGGCAUUACCAAGGCGUCGGUCACACUGGUCUUCGACAACAGUGACAAGCCCAAGUCACCCAUUGGCUUUGAGGAUUAUGCCAGCAUCAGCGUUACGCGACAGAUUGUGCUCGGCGGGACGAGCAAAUACCUGAUCAAUGGCCAUCGCGCRCAGCAACAGACGGUGCAGAAUCUGUUCCAGAGCGUGCAGCUCAAUAUCAACAAUCCCAACUUCCUCAUUAUGCAGGGAAAGAUUACCAAAGUGCUGAACAUGAAGAGUCAGGAGAUUCUGGGUAUGGUGGAGGAGGCUGCAGGUACACGGAUGUUUGAGGACAGGCGCGAGAAGGCGCUGCGGACGAUGAACAAGAAGCAGGCCAAGGUCGAGGAACUGGAGGGCCUGCUAAAGGAAGAGAUUGAGCCGAAGCUGGACAAGCUGCGGAAUGAGAAGCGGGCGUUUCUCGAGUUUCAAUCUACACAGAGCGAUCUGGAGCGAUUGACAAAACUGGUGGUUGCUUACGAUUACGUCAAGUCGAAGCAGAAGAUGGAACAGAGUGCACAGGACCUCGCAGCGAAGAAAGAGCGUGCUACACAUUUGGAGGAGAACGCCGAGAAGCUACAGCGUGAGAUUGUUGUGUUGGAGGAAGAUGCGAAGAAGGUUCGUGCAGCGCGCGACAAGGAGUUGAGGAAAGGCGGCAGGUUUGCCGAGCUAGAGGCUGCGGUGAAGACAUACUCUGAGGACGUUGUGCGGCUAGAUACCAAGGUGGAGAUUGCAAAUGCUUCGGUCAAAGAAGAGCAGGAACGUCUGCAAAAGGCCCAGGCUGCAGUGAAAGAGCUGGAGAAGCAACUGAAGCAGAAGACAGCUGCACAUGAGAAGCUGCAGACGCAAUUCGAGCAGUCCAACAAGGAGCUGGAGGAGCAGAAAGCUGAGGUCGAGAAGAAAGAAGAGCUACUCCAAACCCUGCAAACUGGAAUCUCCUCAAACGCAGGUUCCGAUGGUGGAUAUGCUGGUCAAUUGACCGCCGCGAGAGAUGGCGCUAGUAAGGCAGGAACUGAAAUUGAACAAUCGAAGCUGAAGAUCUCCCAUCUGGAAUCCCGCAUCAAAGAGGACGAACCGCGAGCAAAGAAGGCCGAAAAGGAAAAUGAUGGACUUCUCAAAGAUCUGGAGUCAUUGCGAUCUCAAGCCACAAAAUUACAAAACGAGCUGGAGAAGCUGGGCUUCCAACCCGGCAAGGAAGAGGAGCAGUCCGCGGAAAAGUCUCAGCUUGAGAAGAGGAUCCGGGCAUUGCAAAGCGAGGCGGAUGGGCUAAGAAGACAAGUCUCGGGCCUUGAUUUCUCCUAUUCCGAUCCCACUCCCGACUUCGACAGACGGCGAGUGAAGGGUUUGGUGGCACAGCUCUUCCAACUACCAGAGAGCUCGACUGAAGCGUCAACGGCGCUUGAAAUCUGUGCUGGUGGUAGACUUUACAACGUUGUCGUUGACAGCGCAAAGACAUCGUCACUUCUAAUCGACCACGGAAAGCUCAGACGACGAGUCACAAUUGUCCCGCUUGACAAGAUCGAUUCCUACCGUGCCCCUGCGGACAGAGUCAACAACGCUCAAAAGCUUGCCCCAGGCAAGGUUCAUCUCGCACUCAGUCUGAUCGGAUAUGCGCAUGAGAUUGAAAAAGCAAUGGAGUUUGUCUUUGGAAGCACACUCGUCUGUGCAGAUGCUUCGACCGCGAAAAAGGUCACGUUCGACCCGUCUGUGCGACUGAAGAGUGUCACGGUCGAAGGCGACGUUUACGACCCGAGCGGCACGCUUUCCGGAGGUUCAGCAGCGCAGGGUAGUGGCGUCCUCCUCAAGCUCCAGAAGCUCAAUGCCAUUACACAAGAACUGGAAAGGGAACAAGCAAAGCUCGACGUCCUGGAGCAGGCCAUGGCAAGAGAUGCACAGAAGCUGAGUAGCGCGAGGAAGUACAAGCAGGCACUCGACCUCAAAACACAUGAGAUCCAACUCGCAGAAGGACAAAUAGCGAGCAACUCGAGCAGCAGCAUCAUUGCAUCCGUCAUGGAAAUGAAGACCACAAUUUCGGCUCUCAAGGAUGUCAUUGUCGAUGCCACUUCACGMAAGAAGGAUGCCGAGCAAGAAGUCAAGCGUGUCGAGAAGGACAUGAAAGAUUUCUCCUCAAAUAAGGGUGCCAAGCUUGAUCAACUUCAAGCUGAGGUUGAGAAGCUGAAAAAGGCAUUGGCGAAGACACAAGGRGCCAUCAAGCCGUUGCAACAAGAAGUUAGAGAGGCUAGCAUCGAAGCCGAGCAGRGUGGUAGUGAUCUCGCGUCUGCUCAAGAAGAGCUGCACGAUGCUGAAAUCACGCUCAAGGGGAACCAGGAAGAGAUGCAGGGUCAUCAAUCGGAGCAGGCUAAAGCGCAAGAGGCACACGACGAGGCCGAAGCCGAGCUGAAUGAUGAACGUAAGAAGCUCAGCAGCUUUGACGAUGAGAUUGCAGAUCUUGACAAGGCAUCCAAGCGCAAAGUGCAGCAAAUCUCCGACGAGAAGAUUGAUGCGCAGAAACUCGGCCAUGCCAUUGAUAACUUCGCCAAAGCGCAACACGCCGCUAGUGCAGCAGUAACGAAUCUUGAAAAAGAGCACGACUGGAUUCUUGAGGAGCACAACUCGUUUGGCAGAGCGGGCACGCCUUACGACUGGAGCGGAACGAACAUGGGCGAAGCCAAGGGUAACCUCAAAUUGAUCUCUGAGCGCUUCCAGGGGAUGAAGAAGAAGAUCAACCCGGCCGUCAUGGCUACCAUCGACAGCGUCGAGAAGAAAGAGUCCGCAUUGAAGAACAUGAWGCGGACGGUCAUCAAAGAUAAGAAGAAGAUUGAAGAUACGAUUACGAGUCUGGAUGAAUACAAGAAAGCCGCACUGGAGAAAACUUGGUCGCAAGUCAACAAGGAUUUCGGAUUGAUCUUCAAUGAUCUCCUACCGGGAAAUACCGCGAAGUUGGAUCCACCUGAAGGCAAGACCAUUAGUGAUGGUCUCGAAGUGAAAGUCUGUCUUGGGAAAGUAUGGAAGAGCAGCUUGACGGAACUGAGUGGUGGACAGAGAUCUCUCAUCGCACUCUCCCUGAUUCUUUCACUCUUACAAUACUCCCCAGCACCGAUGUACAUUCUCGAUGAGGUUGAUGCGGCGUUGGAUUUGUCUCAUACGCAAAACAUCGGACGAUUGAUCCGGACAAGAUUCAAGGGGAGUCAAUUCAUUGUGGUUAGUUUGAAAGAUGGCAUGUUUGGGAAUGCCAAUCGGAUUUUCCGAACGAGGUUUAUGGACGGGACUAGUGUUGUUCAGGCGUUGACUCCAGGAGAUAUGAAAUGA